AUGUGCUCGACAUGUCGCGUACCGAUGGCCAAAGGGCCAAGCUUCGGAGGCGGCUUGCCCCGAAGCGCCAUCUUUGCGGUCUUCGGCUUAAUCUUGACCUGUUCGAGGUCUCCGUUUUUCGCCACCUGCCUCCCUGCGUCUCACUUUUUUGAAGAUGGCCCCGUGCUGUCCGCGAGCAUGUCUUGGAAAGGCGAUGUGCGACCGGUGGCAGUGAGGCAACCUGUCGCCGAUUCGAUGACCGGCCGUGCUGCCAUCGACUCGUAUCAACGAACGUCAUCGAUUGAAGUGCAUGACUCUCCUGCGCUGCAUGCGGCCGCCCGCCUUCGGAUCUUACGCCUCGCCCCCCGCGACGGCUUUCUCCCUCAGUCGAUCCCAAUGCAGGCGAAUCCUCCGCUGCGCCAGGCUCGCGGGAGCCGGAGUGCUUCUCUCUCCUUCCUUCGCUUGAGGGAACGAGAGCCGGAUGGAGAGACUGAAGAGUCGAAUCUUCCCGAUGCUGCAGGAGCCUCAGAGGCGUCCGCGGAUGCGACUGCCUCAGAGGCGGAGGACUCCGCUCCAGACGGCUCUUUACUCUUCCAAACAGACUCCGAGCACGCCGAUGCGGAGGCGGCGAGCGGCUUGAUGCCGGAGGCUGACCUCGCUAGAGAGCUCCCUCUUGCCAGCGAGGCGGCCAGCGCGCAGCGGAAGGAGGCGAAGGACGGGGAAGACGCAGGGGGGGGAGCGCGGGGACCCUCCUCGCAGGCGGCGAGCGACAGUCCUCGUGAGUCGGAGUCUUCAUCCGACGGCAGCGGCGAGGUUGAAGUCGUUCCCAAAGACCGCGCCUCGCAAAGCGACACAGCGCCGCCUGAGGCGGAAGUGCCGCAAACCACCCGCUCAGCGGAGUCCGAGUCGACGCUCACGGAGGGAACUGAGAUGACGCCAGCAGCCGCACAGCUGGAGUCGUCAGGGGCAAACGGAGAGGGUGCUGCUGUCGAUGGAAGUCUCUCCGCUCUCAGUGAAAGCCAGGGGCCUGUCGCCUCCGAUAUCGCUGGAGAGGCCUCCGGCGGGCCACCACUCCAGGGGGCUGCAGCGGGUCAGGACGCCCCGGCAGAGACCGCGGAGGAAAUUCCUCAGGCGACUGAGCCGCAAACACAACCGCCGCCCUUGGGACCGAAUCUCCUGGCUGAGCGUGAAGCAGCCCCAGGAGAGCCACCCGUGCCGUUCCCUCAAGACGUGGAAACAGGAAAUGCAGAGGCCAGCGAAUUCGCAGUUCCAGGCAACAUGACCGUCCCGCUCUACCGCGAGGAGUUGGCUCGGGCGGUUGAGGCUGCACAGCAUUCAAACAGAGGGCGUGUGCCGGUGCUCCAGCUUCGAUGGCAUUCCCAAGAGUCUUUUGUCGAUUCGGCGGCUCAUCUUCUCGACGAAACAGGGACUCCAUACUUCUUCGUCGUCGCCGGAGAAUACACUCAGACGCCAGUCCGGCGGAUGGGUUUCUUCCAGACGAGCUCGGUCACGUCUCUGGGGCCGCUGCAGUGGCCAACGCCCAGCGGUGAAGGCGAGGACAGACGAAAGUGCCCGUUCUUCCUGCCUCGCGUGAACCAGCUGCUUGACAGCUCCCUCAACAUCACAGAUUCUUCGGCGCGGACCGCCGCAGAGACCGACGGCGGCGUCGAGGCAGGCGGAGGCGACACGAAAGCAAGCCGAGGGAACUUGCUCCUGCGGUGGAUUCCCUACGGCCUCACGCGAGUCGCGGAGCCUGGAGCGGAGGCAGACAGCUGCUGCCCGCAAUGGAGGGGCAGAUUCAUUCGAACUGUGCACGAGUACGUCGCCGCUCUACAAGAGACCAUGCCAGAGAGGCCCCUGAAGACCAUCGACGGGAGGGAAGUGAUCGUGGUGGUGAACGACAGGCGGCCUGAACUCGAGUUGCUUCUCCAGAGGGCCAUGGACUUUGCGCCGACAGGAACGCCUGUCAUUGUCACCGACACCGAGGCGUUCGAGCCGGGCACCAUUCUCCCGCGAAUCAAGCUCAAGGGUCCCAAGGGCGAAAAACUGCACUUUGUGGUUUUCGGCGUGGGGCGGUACGGGCAGCUUUCGUUGAACGCGGCGUUUCUGGACCGCGCAGUGCUUCGUGUGCCACGCUCCGCUGAUAUCAACGCCUUCGUCCAGCGGCACAGCGACGGCCCUUUGCCCGCAGCGGACGCGCAAACGGCCGAAAUCCGAGACCGCCCCGGGCGUCCAGCAGCGCCCAAAGAAUCGACCUCGGACGGCGACACCUCUCCAUCGCGGGACAACUUCUUGAUUCUGAACCCCUUCAACGAAUUCCUCAUGCGCUUCAACUACACGGAAGUCGACAGCGUGGCCGGCUACGCGGCCCAGCUCACUCGCGAGCUCCAGCACACGCCCAUCACCUUCGUCUACCAGAACGAGACGCGCCGCGUCGCCGUGGUGCUUCUGACGGACUUCCCCGAGGCAGAGAGCGUGUUUCUCGGCAGUCUCCUCAAGCUCAACGUCGUCGUGCAAGUCACGAUUGCGGUGGCCAUGAUUAUCGGCCUCCUCGCGUGUCUGUGCAUGUGCAGAAUGAUGUUUCUGCUCAAAAGCAGAUGA